UGUUGAGUCGCCAACUACCGAUCAUGGGUAGAAACAGGCAGUCUAAAACGAAGAAGAAGAAGAAGCGUUUGGGUGACGAUCUUGUGACUCAGGUAACAAAGCUAAUUAACUCUGUGUCUGAUGCUGAGAUAAUAAACGUUACUUGUGAAAUUCCUUCUAAUGAGAUUUUAGAUGCGUUAAAUAUUCCUGUCCCUUCUGUUCAGCCUCCUUCCCAUGAAUGGUUGGGCAAAAAUUUGUUAAUUGGGGUUGGGGAAUGGGGUGAUGCACUGGAUGAAAUUCUAAAGGAAGAUAAUGUUGAUUUUGAAGAUGAGAAUGUUGACAAUUAUUCCACUUUUUCAGCUGAGAAGCAAACUGAUUAUAGAAGGAGGAUGAUUGACGUUGUGAGGAAAAAUCGGCGUAGAACCAUGUAUAGGAAAUGGUUAUAUGCACAGAAGAAAGAAUAUCUAGCGGAUUGGUCUAAGACAGAUAAUUGGGAGGAUUAUGAAAGUGUAGGGGAAGAGAACGUAGUGGCGGAGGGUGAGGAUGAAGUGGCUGAGGAGGGUGAGGGUGUGACGGUUGAAGAGGGUGUGGGUGUGGCGGUUGAGGAGGGUGUGGCUGAAUUGGGUGAGGAGGGUGUAAUUUGGGAAGGGGAGGAUUUCAUUACUUGUUGUGGUUAUAACCCGUUUUCCGGCGUGUUUGAUUCCGCUGUGAUUGAUAAUCGUACUGUUUUGAUUGACUAUCCAAAGUUUAUCCAUGGUGAUAAAAUUGUUUUUUAUGAGGGAGUUUUUUCUUUAGCUUCUUGGUAUAAAAAUCACAAGUUAGUCGAACUGAGAUAUCUGCCCAAUUAUAGGUAUUGGAAUGCAUACAAAUUAACUAGAGAAUUGUUAGCAAUUGUACAAGUACUUGUUAAUUCUAUUCUUAAUCAUAUAAUUGAUGGUAAUCCUCAUGGAGGGUUGAAUGAUUUAAAAAAUUAUAAGAUUUCUCAAUUUGUAGAGAACCACGUCGGUUCCAAAAAAAUUAAAUUCCGGGUGGAAUUGAUAAAUCCAAGGGAGAGUGUAGUUGGAUUAAGCCAAGACAUGGAGCAAUUUAUUUCUGUUUUGCACAAGUUAUUUGAAGGUGGUACUCCUGAUGUUGAGUUGCUAGGGUUGCCUAAUAUGUUACGAUCUUCCCUAAUCAAUGCUAAAGGUUGCGAAAUGUUAGUUUUACGCAAUUAUCCGGCGUUAUGGGAUGCGGAGGAAAGAGUUGCAUUUUAUGUCAACCUUUAUAAUCGUUAUGUUAACGAUGACUUGAUGAAGAAAAAGUUGAAUAGUUGUUUCAAAGUUGCUGCCCAUAUCAAUUUAAACUUUCCGUUAUCUUGGCAAGCCAAGAUAUCCCGGGGUUCUGUGUUUGAUCACAUUUUGAGAUAUCCAACUGACCAAGACCCUAGCGAUUCUAUCAAGUAUAGCGAUGCCGAUGUGGUAGACAUGCUGAGAUUUAUUCGAAAUGUCUUUCAUUACUUUUGUCACGUCCCGGGAGGAUAUUCUGGAACUCCGACGUUUCGAAUGGAUGUUAUCUGAGAUAUUUAGUGAAGUCCUACUGAACAUAUAUUGUGGGAUGUGCAUGUGCAACACGUUCUUAAACUCUUAGUCGACAGAGUUUCAGGAAGUGUUGCCUAGGUAAGCUGAAAGAGGUAUCCUUAGUCUGAAGUGGACGCCCUUAGCCGGAAACAAAGUUCACAGUGAACCACUGAACCAGCAAUUUGUUGGAGAAAGAUCUGAUUCCCCUACUGUAGAAAAGUCAAUAGCUUUGAAUUUGUCCUUCAAGUGCUUGCUUUGUAAAUUUAACCUUUUUCUCGUUGAAAUUUUAACAAGUAAUGUGGAAUGUUUGAAUAUUGUGUCGAGAAGUUGGCAUUAGAGAAGAAUUCAGUGGAACUUUUUGUCUGCCGUCCGGUAAUCGUGGAGGCCCUUCCACGUGUCUCCUAUGAUAUGAAUGAUAUAUUUGGAUGCAUAGUUUUCCGGACAAUGUGUAUCAGUUGUCUACAUGGAGCCAUGAGCAGGAUUUUUGCAUCUUCAAUUCUUCAUUAGUCUAUCUUUUUCAUCUGAACUUGAUGAACUGGACCUCAUGUCAGUAUUAGCAAAUAUGACAGCUUUGGUAUCUUGUUGCUGUUAUUGACAGAGUACCAAGUUAGGAGAUUUAAUUAGGGUUAGAAAUCGAAGAUUCCCAUGCGUACACCAGGUUGUAAUUUUACCACUCAACAUAAGAGUUGGCCCUAAAAUUUGGUACUAUGCCUAAAAUUUCAAUCUAAUGAAGGUUAUAAUUUAGAUCUAAGAUCAAUUGUGGAGUUGUAAGGUUAUACUGAAUAAUUGACAACAUGUUUUAAAAAAUCCAAUCUUAUUAGCAAUUUAGAUGUCACAUGUCUA